AUGAACAAAAUUUUAAUGUUACAUGGCUUUUUACAGUCAGAUAAAAUCUUUUCUGGUAAAACAGGAGGAUUACGUAAAGCCUUGAAAAAACUAGGCUAUGAGUUGCAUUAUCCAUGUGGUACAGAAGUUAUCCCAGCCAACGACGUGGGACUUGAAGAAGACACCGAUGCUGAAAUGUUUGGUUGGUUCGUGAGAAAUAAAGAUUCUUUCACAGAGUUUGAAAUCAAACCUAAAACUAUCAAUUAUUUACGAGAAUACAUUAUUAAGAAUGGCCCAUUCGACGGUAUCAUAGGAUUUAGCCAAGGUGCGGGCCUAGGGGGGUAUCUAGCAACAAACCUGAACGGCAUACUUAACUUAACGACGGAACAGCAACCGCUUUUGAAAUUUUUUAUUUCAUUUAGUGGGUUCAGACUAGAAUCGAAGCCUUAUGAUGGUCUAUACGAAACAAACACAAUCACAAUACCGGCGCUGCAUGUUCUGGGUGAACUAGAUGAAGUUGUUACGGAGGACAGGGUGAUGAGAUUGUAUAACUCAUGGCCGUCAGACAAACGCACAUUGUUAAAACACGCUGGCAGUCACUUCGUACCAAAUUCGAAACCAUUUGUAACCCAAGUAUGCAAUUGGAUCCGUACCAUUGCUGAAAAUAAUGUCGGUCCUGCUACUGGUUCUGAUCUCUGUUCAUCUAUACAAGAGGAGAAAGAGAAGGGAAAUAAGAAGGAUUCGGCCAAUAAUCAGCUGGAUGAUGACUUAAUGGACAUGAUGGAUUCGAUCGGCAAAUUAUAG